CCUCCGCUUCACAGUAGACCCACUGGGCUGAGAGGUUAGCUACGCAGGGCUCCAUCUGUCUGACCUACACACACUCAGGUGUCAGGAAGAAAUGGGUAACUCGACAGGAACCACCGUGGACGACCUGCAGGCGGUGGAGAUGCACCUCUGGUACAAGAAGUUCAUGACGGAGUGCCCCUCGGGUCAGCUCACCCUGCAUGAGUUCAAGCAGUUCUUCGGGCUGCGAGGGCUGGACCCAGAGGCCAACGCCUACAUUGAGCAGAUGUUCCGCACGUUUGACAUGAACAAGGACGGCUACAUAGACUUCAUGGAGUAUGUGGCUGCUCUCAGUCUGGUGAUGCGUGGAAAGAUGGAGCACAAGCUGCGCUGGUAUUUCAAACUUUAUGACGUGGAUGGCAACGGCUGCAUUGACCGACAUGAGCUCCUCAACAUCAUAAAGGCCAUCCGUGCGAUCAAUGGGAAUGAAAACCAGGACAUAAGUGCAGAGGAUUUCACUAACCGCGUGUUUGACAGGAUUGAUAUAAAUGGAGAUGGCGAGCUUUCCUUGGAGGAGUUUGUGGCCGGCGCUCGCAGCGAUGAGGAUUUCAUGGAGGUGAUGAUAAAAAGUCUGGACCUCACCCACAUUGUGGCCAUGAUCCACAACAGGAGACACAGCGUUUAGGCUCUGCCCAGUCCGACUGCCUCAUCCUCAUUCACCCGAGAGCUUCAGUACAUCGCCUCUGGUAAAAAAGUCGUUUACAGACUGAGAUUUCCAUUAAGAUUGAAUCCAGUUUAAUAUAAUGCCAGUGUACUGCAAACAUUGACGUUACUUAUUUUUAAUCUCUGAAAAACUGAAACACAUGCACUUUAAAUGCAUUUGGAUGACUCAGUCAACCUUUGCAAACUGGUCAUUGUCCUUGUUUAAUGAUGCUGAGCUCUCCCAAGGCCACCUUGGCAUGAGGGAUGAUCUCUCAGACAGUCCACGUACCCACUGAUACCUCGAGGGAUAAAAGAGGGAGAUAGUGGACCUGAGUGGCAAUUAUACGCACUCAAUGCUUUCCAGAUCUUUUUUUUUCUGGGUCUGAGUUCCUCUGCGUCAAAUUACUCAACUCGCUGUUUGGUCGCUCUUGCCUGUGGGCAAACAGGAGGAAGCUAUGACUCUGCAGUGUGCUUAACAUCCAUGAUAAUUUGAUCAAGUCAAAGGCUGUAAUACAGGAACAGGUAAACGUUUUUGAACACAUAUACCAGUGUGCAGAUACAUUUCUCAAAUGUUUACCUUUUUUUAAAAAAUGUUUUUCACCUUUUUUAACGUUUAAAAGGAUUCAAGCUGAAAUAAAAGGCAAAAUACAGGCUUGUGGUUGUGUAAUAUUUUUGUGUGGGUGUUUCAUUUGCUGCCCGUUCAG